AUGACUUCUCCCGCCCUCGCUUCCUGUUUCCCCUGUCGCCGCAGUAAACGACGCUGUGACAAGAAUCUACCAACAUGCCAGCUAUGCAUUCGCAAAGGCUUGAAAUGCAGCUAUCCCCGCAGACGCGGCCAACGCUCCGCCUCGCCUGCUCGCAGUAUACAGGGAUCUGAUUAUGCCAUUGAUCCUAAUUCACCUUACGGGCGACCUUUUGUAGCAUCCAGCGGUACCGGGUCUCAUCAUCAGUCCGGCCCUGUAUGGCCUUCUUCGUCUCCAUUUGCUGUUACCACCGCCAUUAGUUUUCUCGCGCCCAAUAUCUUUCGCGAGGCUCGGUUAGAAAUCCCUCGCUUGGAUGUAAGCAUUCCGGACGAAGUUGCCUUUCACAUCGGCAAAAAUCAGCAGGUUCGGCAGACGGCUGGCAAGUUUUUCCAGACAGCAUGGCUACCUAUCGUCAGUCGCAAGCGCUAUUUAACCGCUAUUCUCAAUCCAUUAUCCCCAUCCCGACGCCCGACUGCUUUACUAGCUCUUUGCAUGAAGCUAUGCUGCCUGCCAGUACAUGACGAUGAGGGCCCUGGGAGGUCCUCGUUAUACCAAUUAGUCAAGAAAUUCUACUCCGAAGUAGAGAGUAUCCAAGAUUUGUGUGUUGAAAUCUUACAAGCUGCUAUACUUAUUGCGAUCUUCGAGAUCGGUGAUGCGAUCUACCCUGCCGCUUAUUUGACCGUCGGCGCUUGUGCCCGAUAUGGCAUCGCUAUGGGUCUGGGCAAGAUCAACAAGGAUCGUAUGGGCGGACAGCAUAAUCGUAUAGGAUCCUGGAUGGAGAUUGAGGAGAGGCGCAGGGCUUGGUGGGCUAUCUUAACUCUCGAUCGGUCCGUCACUUCAAAUUCAAAUUAUUCUUUAACGGACAUUCCAAAAAACGCAAUUUGA